AAUACGUUUGGAAACGACUAAGUCAUUAUAAUACACCAUAAAUGUCGCGUCGCCACGUAAGAAUGUAAAUUCACGUUUGAGAUAAAAAUCGCGCGUCGUUUGAAAUUUAAAACCCGGGUCGUUAAGCAUCGCACUAUGACGAUUCGAGCGAUUUCGUGAGCUCCGUGACUCUUGAUCUCGAAUUUCAACGCACAGCCGCGACUCGUCUUCCCGCUCGGCCUGUAAUUAUUCGGUAACUCGCGCGUGUCACAAUCGCACUUCCGCUGUCUCCCUGCCCUGAGCCCCGGCUCGCGUAGCACGCCUUUUUCUAGGUCGGCGACAUAGUCCUGUGGCCGCUUUUCCCGUCACGUCGCGAGAUUCCAGGACCUUUGGCACGGUCGCACAAGCGGCUCGUAGAGCCGAGCGCGGAAUGAGCGCCGACGGUAAGUCAGUUGCUGGCAUACCGAGCGCUCAGGUAGGUAGAUAGGUAGGAAGACGACGGCGAAGGUGAAGAAGGAAAGGAAAGCGGGAGUGCGAGCGAGUCGGCAUGCGAGCAGGCAGUCAGGCAGGCAGGCAGGCAGGCAGGCAGGCAAGCGAGCAGGCAGGCGAGCAGGCGAGCGAACAGGCAGGCAAGAGAGUAUGGUAUGGUCUAGCUGCUCGCUGCCGCGAAGCGCGUUGAAUGCCGGGGCCCCGGUGUAUCGGGGCCUGGUACCGCCGCCGUUCCCCUCUCCAAGAUGGCCGCCGGUUGGGUCCAGCCAAGUCCCCCUGACCGAGCCAGGUAAGUCCGCCGAGUCAGGGGAAGGGUAGGCCUUGCAGGUGCCGCCAUGUCAGUGCAUGCCUAACCUCGAAGCCGCGCGGAACGGACGUUGGGCCCGAGAACGCGACAUCUCGUGCUACCGCCGUGCUUUAAGGGGCUGCUGUUUAGGCCCCGUCGUAGUUCGCGCCUACGAAUAUCCGUCGUGGACUUGGAAACGUGGACCGAUUCCGUACGUCGGUUAACACGGAGUCGAGCCGCGUAACGGUCCGGGAAGCGAUACCGAGUGUUUUCUCUCUCUCUCUCCGGUCGAGAGGAACCAGCCGGAGACAUCAACGCGUGGACGGAGAGAGAGAGUGCGAGAGCGAGAACGAGAGAGAGAGAGAGAGAGAGAGAGAGAGAACAAGAGAGAGAGAGAGAGAAGAGAGUUCGUCGGACGCACGGACAGCACGCUUUCGGCUGUGCCAUCGCGCCGCGACGAGGAACGUACGUGAGUCUGCGAGACUCUGCAAAAGCGUGAACCGUAGACGCGGGUUGAGUUACGUCGUGUGCAAACGCGUGUUUCGUUUACGAGGUCGGGCAGAAGCGCGUUGCGUCUGAAUUAGCGUCGGAAUCAGCGCGUGUAUCGGCGACGAGUGUGCGUUGACAGUUCGGAGCUGCUUUCCUGCGGUCGUCGUCCGCGACGACCCGUUGUCCCUCGGACAACUUGCAUGAACCCCGCUGCGACAGGCUAAGGUCGCCUAAUCAUUCGUGUACUCUGCAUUCAAGAUUGAUCGGCCAGUUGGAGCGUACAGAGGAGCGUACGGAGUCUCAGCUACGAUGACAGCCACGACGUUGAGCCUGGAACGACGUUGUGGAGCGAAUUAGGCGAUCAAGAGAGAAUCCGCGAGGUCCGCGACGUCGGGUCGCGUCGAGCACAGGGAACGUGUCCCAAGGACAGGCGCGCGAGGUGUCCGACGGGACGAGACAUGGUCGUCAGCGUGUACGACGCGAGACGAUCGCGCCGGGUUCGCGACCGGUCGUGCUGAUCGGCCGGUUAUCGGUCGUGGAUCUAACGCGAGGAAUGUGCCAUAUCUCGGCGUCGAGAUAUCCCAGUGACAGCGAGCGUAGCGAAUAGCGCAAGGAGAGAGCUCUCAUGUCAGCCGAGAAGCAGAGUGAGAGAUAGGAGAGAGAAUAUAUAGCAGAAGGAUAAGAAGAGAGAGAAAAGGAAACGGAGCAACGCUCCGAGUGGAGUCGUCCGCUCUACGUUCGUCCGACGCUGGAAUCUCCACGACGCUGGUAUGCCUCCGAGGAGGUUGUAGCAGGGAACAGCAGCUCGCGCGGCCACGGAAGGUCGGCGAUGUAGUGAAACAAUCGCUCUGCGAGUCCUACGCGAACGUUGCUUCGUUGCUUCUCUCCGCGCGCGCGCGCGCGGGAGAGAGAAAGAGGGAGAGAGGUAGGGUGGUAAUAACACGCGUGUGUACGCGGUUCGGGUGGAAGUGAUACACAGUCGAGGGGAACCAAGGAUAAAACCGAGUGUGAUUGUGAUUGAUUGGUGGUGGUGCUAAAAAAAAAUAAAAGAAAAGAAAAAAGGUGGGUGAUCAUCAAAAAGGUGCCGGUGGAACGCGACGGUCUCGUGGUUUUCGUUAUUCGCGGACAACGGGAAGCUUUGACGGGAAGAAGGAGCACGCGCGUGGAGUCCGCGGAGAACUCGGUGCCGUGACCCGCGGCUCGCGGUGUGACAGCGGGAGAUCGGCCGAGGAAACAGCGAUAGACUACACUUGGGUGCCCGUCGUCGCUCUUUCUAUCUCGGGUUCUCGCGACUGGCCGCGUAGGAAUGGAAAGAUCGAGAUAAUAUCGCGAGAGACGGGAGAGGAGGGUGGAGAGGCCGCGGCGGUGUUGGAGGCCCCAGGAUGUGGCAUCUGCUACUGUUCCUCGUCCUGGGAGCGACCCUCGCCCCAGGCACGCGACCUGAGCGCGUGAUAUCCCUGGAGGUCUCCGAGAGUGCGCUGCCCGGCACCAGGAUCGGCUACAUCGACAGCGACUCCUUGCCGCUGUUGUUAAUCGUGCCGAUUCCCGGCUCGUCGGUGGAAGCCGACCUGGAGGUCAUCAAGGAGACGGGCGAGUUGAAGACGAAGGGCCCGUUGGAUCGCGAAACCCAUCCAUCGUACAGCCUGCUGGCGCUGCCGCAGAACAUACAGAUCGUCGUAAAGGUGCUCGACGAGAACGACAACGCGCCCACCUUUAGCGUGGAUCACGUGGACGUGGAGUUCCCGGAGAACUCGCCGCGCGACUCCAAGCGGGCGCUACCGCCGGCACUGGACCCCGACCUCGACCUGUACACCACGCAGAGUUACGAGAUCGCGUCGGGCAAUCACGGCGACGUGUUCAGGCUGUCGCAGCAUCGCGGCCGCGACGGUGUCCUCUACCUGGAUCUCCAGAGUUCGGGCUCGCUGGACCGAGAAGCGCGUUCUCGCUACCAUCUGGUGAUCGAGGCGCUCGACGGCGGCACGCCGCCGCUUCGCUCGAGCCUCCGCGUGAACGUGACAGUGCAGGACGUCAACGACAACCCUCCCACCUUCAAUCAGACGAGAUACGUCGCGAGUGUGCCGGAAAACGCGACCGUCGGCACGGCGGUGCUGACGGUGAACGCGACCGACGCCGACGCCGGCGAGAACAGCCGCAUCGAGUACUCCAUCAAUCGGCGGCAGUCCGACCGCGAGGAGAUGUUCCGCAUCGACGCGGAGACCGGUCUGGUCUACGUGAACAAAGUCCUCGACUUCGAGUCGAAGGAGCGGCACGAGCUGGUGAUCGUCGCGCGCGACUGCGGCGCUCAGCCGUUGGAAGCGAGCGCUUUCCUAUCCGUGCGCGUGACCGACGUCAAUGACAACCAGCCGGCGAUCACCGUCAUCUUCCUGUCGGACGACGCGACUCCCAAGAUCAGCGAGAGCGCGCAGCCCGGCGAGUUCGUCGCGCGGAUAUUCGUCAACGAUCCCGACUCCAGGACGGAAUACUCGAACGCGUCGGUCACUUUGGCCGGCGGUGAAGGCCACUUCGGUCUGACCACGCGGGACAAUAUCAUAUACCUGGUGGUGGUGGAGAGGCCGUUGGAUCGCGAGGAGAAACCCGUGUACGAACUGUCGGUGGAGGCGACGGACACCGGCACGCCUCCUCUGAGGGCCGUGCGCACCUUCAGGCUGCUCGUCACCGAUGUGAACGACAACGCGCCCAAGUUCGAGCAGGAGACGUACGAGGCUUACCUCCUGGAGGCGUCCGAGCCCGGCGUGUCGGUGCUGAAAGUGACCGCGACCGAUCUCGACGAGGGCGCCAACUCGGCCGUCCGUUAUUCCCUAUUGAACACGUCGUGGUUCGCGAUCGACGAAAAGACCGGACUCAUCACCACGGUGACCCACGUGGACUGCGAGGCCGACCCGGCGCCGGUUCUCGUGGUGGUCGCCACGGAUUCGGGAAGGCCGCCGCUCAGCAGCAGUGCUACCGUGUGCGUCACGAUUCACGAUCUCAACGACAACGAGCCGAUCUUCGAGAGGCCGCUGUACAACGCCACCGUGCCGGAGAACCUGCCCGUCGGACGCUGCUUUCUCAAGGUAGGAUUGCACAGUCACAUCAUUUCCUCCUCUUUCAUUUGGCAUUUCCGCCGCGCGAAAAUGUCAGCGAGAGCGAUUUUCGGCCGCGCGUUCCACUCGCUUGCAUCGUUGCGACGUGAUUGCCGUUGA